AUGAAGAAGAAAAAGGUCCUGAUUGUUGGCGCUGGGUACGGGGGGCUGUUCACGUUGAAGCAGUGCUUGGCAGAGGGCUUGGAUGCAACUAUCUUGGAAGCCAAUGCGUACAUUGGAGGUGUCUGGGAGCCCAGGUCAGGUGCCCUGCUGCCAACGACGGAAUGCGUUUCCUCCAAACACUACAUGGGGGCCUCCGAUUUUCCAAUGGAUGCCUCGUAUCCCGAGUUCCCAAUGCAUCAAGACGUGCUUCGCUACAUUCACUCAGUACAAAGCAUCGUUCAUGACGCGUACGCCCCAACAAACACAUGGAAAUUGGAUGUGCAAGAAGCGGGCAUGCAAGAGACCUUGGAAAGCGACUUUGUAGUCUUGUGCACCGGACUCGAUACCCCGAACACGCCUUCCGAGUGGAGCCAUCUUCAGCAAUGUCAAGACAAACUCUCCGAACACAGCUUGAAGGGGCGAAUGUCACUCGGUGUCCUUCCGCUUCAUGCAAGCCAAUAUGUACACGUACGCCAAGAACGGAACAUCACUGAAGCACUCCAAGACAAUCCAGACCUCAAGAUUCUGAUCGUCGGGUGCAGCGACUCGGCCUGUGAUAUUGCCAAUGACCUCUUCUACCGCAAAGGAGCUCGAAACAUGACCAUGACAGGUCACCAGGGAGCCUGGUUCCAAGACAAAGCGGUCGGAUUCCAGAAACCGUCAGACAUGUUCUUUAGUUUUUUCUGCAACUGGGUCAAGAACUGGUUGGGCUGGAAGCUGUUUGAACAAUGCGUUGUCUGGCCCAUGUUGACAUGCUGGAUGGAACACUUUUGGGGCAAAAAUGGCAUUGGUGUCAAAGAAUGGCAGCCUCGUACGGUCGUACGGAACGAACCUACAUACAUGUCCACGGCAUACGUCAAGUCUCGAAGCAUCAUUGGGUUGCUCAACAAUGGUUCGGUCAAGCCUGUACAGCAAGCCAUCCCCAACUUGAAUGGGACAGUCACGGUCACGCUGCUGCACAACACUGCCAACGACCAACAACGCGAAUCUCAAUCCGAAACAGCUCACUUCGACCUCGUCAUUGUUUGUUCUGGAUACAAGUUUCGUCCUGGGGCGACCGUGGGUUUGCAGAAUCAUGCGACGCUUUUGGAUCCGUCCAAUCUCUACAAGAUGACAUUCUCUAUUCCUCUCCCCACUCUCGCUGUUGUUGGGAAUAUUAGACCCCAUGUAACCAGCAUUGUCACCAUGAGCGAAUUCCAGGCGUGGAGAGUGGCCCAUUCCUUUGCUCACCUGAACAAGAAGAAUGACAACGGCGAGAGACAUAUCCUCUCCCCCGAGAAUCAAGCCCUACGACAAGAAAUGACGGCACGAGAUCGAGACUAA